UUGGCAGAAGGUUAGCUCAUGAUACAACCUUAAACAUGGAGCCAGUUGGAGCAGGUAGGGUUGUCAUCUGUGAAAAGAAUAAUAUAAAGUUGAACUGAAGCUUUACCAAUGAGAUCAGCCACUAGUUCUAGUAUGAUGUGCUUCUGUGCUCAAACACUCGGUAUAAAUUCCUGAGCAGUAUCACUGAUUCAGACACAAGCGAGCUUCAAACUUCAUAUAGAUCAUCAUAACUAAGAGAAAAUGAAGACAGCAGCAGCAUCAGGACUAGUACUCGAGGGUAGCGAAGCCCACAAAUCAAUCCCAAAGGUGAGGGUGAGCAGAGUGCUAUCUGUUCUCGAUUUCAUUCUGCGAGUAGUUGCAGCCCUCGGAACACUAGCAAGUGCCAUUGCCAUGGGAACCAGCAGGCAAACACUUCCCUUUGUCUCACAGUUUGCUCGAUUCAAGGCUAAUUACAAGGAUCUUCCCACAUUUACGUUCUUUGUGAUUGUCAAUUCAAUUGUAUGUGUCUACCUUGUGCUUUCACUUCCGGUGUCUAUUGUCCACAUAAUCUGGACUGGAGCAGUGAAAAGUAGGAUCAUGUUGGUGAUCUUCGACACGGCAAUGAUGGGUCUUCUAACUGCUGGAGCAUCCUCAGCAACAGCAAUAGUGUUCCUGGCACACUAUGGCAGCUCAAGCGCCAAUUGGUUUCCAUUUUGCCGCCAAUUUAACAACUUCUGUGAGCGCAUUUCAGGUUCUCUCAUCGGCUCUUUCGUCGCCGUUGUUGUGAUUAUACUGCUAAUCAUAUUGUCUUCUGUCGCGAUCUCUCGCCGCUAGCUGAUGCUGAUCAUGUGUUGCAAGAAACUGAUACUUGGGUGAUCGACUCUGUCAUCUUUUCAUGUGAAUAAUAUUGGGUUUGUGAGGGAGUGAUGUAAACGAUUUGCUAAAGUACAUACAGAACAAUAUCUUCCAUUUACAUGGCUUGGA